AUGUCUGAGCAGACUUCUACUUUAGCAAGUUUAUUUCCUGAUGUCAGUGAGCAAGUACUGACCAAAACAUUGGAAAGUGCCAACGGAGAUGUUGAGAUGGCUAGUAAUAUGAUCUUGAGCGAACAAGAUUCGCUGAGCCAACUCAGAAAUGUUGCCGAGAUAAGCGAAUUGGACUUUGAAAAACACAAUGAACCCAGCAAGCAGGAUAAAGGAGCGGUUAAUCUAAAAAAACGGCUUUACAGACGGGUACAUUCGUUCGACGACAUAAAACGACCCAAUGACAAGGCCAAGGCAUGUUCCCAAAACCAGUUUUGGUCAUCUACACAAGAGCAAAUACGCAGUGUGGUGGAUCUCACCGCUGUUCCCCAUAAAAUAGGUCAAACAGCGUUUUACAAAAAAUCGUUGAAUGCAGGGAGGGCUGCGAUAGACAUAGUAAGUCAUUACGAUGACUACUUGGCAGAGUUUCAUAAAUCCCGAUCACCGAUUCCGCCACCUGUUUCCGCUCAACCUGCGCGAGUUGGUGGCCGCGUUCAGUCUGCACAAGGUCUGGCACACCAAAAAGAGGCAAAGACCGGUUUCCAGGAGCAAUCAAAACCAUCAGGUUCCGACCAAAGCUCUACAGCACCUUAUCCUCGUAAUGUUGCCACCGCCCAGGAGCUUCUGAAGGCUUCUCGGGAGCUUGAAGCUAUUGUAGCGAGCAAUCCCGUGCUCAAGGCAAUUAGCCCCCAAUUUUUCAAGUUGGCUCUCGAAUUUUAUGGUGCCGAUGUCGCGCGAACCACUACGCUGGCUGCAUUCAUAAUCGAGAAUGAUUGUUCAAGAUACACCUUCACCGAUACGACCACAAGUUUUGUUUCUGCAGGGACACUCUCACCUCGCUCUCAUAAAACGAGCUCCGUGAUCAAUCCAGCGGCCCAGCCCGGCCCAGAAGGAGAGCUCGGUGCGGUAGUUCCCGAGUCCGAGUCAUUUUCCAGUGACAACAGCUACAAUCAAGCUUUACAGAUAUUCGAAGCCAUCUUCCAAACACACACUGCCGAUCUACAUGGUUUCUACCCACAAGAAGCCAAACAAAUUGCCCAGAACUGUCUCACAGCCUGGUGGAGUCGUGAAACAAGUCUGCGUGAGAUGAAUGCUCACCGCCCUAACCUGAUCAAAGCACUCAACGUCGCUCCUCUCAAAAUAAUCACCGGACGAGGUAUUCACAGUCUAGGAGGGGUCUCAAAAGUAAAGAUUCAAAUCAAAAAACUUCUGGAUAGCGAAAACUACGUGUACACCGAAGAACCGUCUUAUUUCAUCGUCGAUGGGCGAAGAACUCAGGUAAGGUCUCGAAAGCGAUAA